AUGGGAGAUGAUCGCUUUCGAAACCAUGAGCAUGUCGGUGCCAUCCCGGUCACUCUGGACCUCGAUACCGGUGCUCUUUGUUUUUGUCUCUCUCAACUCCUUCGAAACCACCUUAUCCACCUGCUCCAUAGAGCCAACAAACGCAGACAGACAUCCACCAUGUCGACGUCGACUGCGCAGCCCGCCGACCCCGUCGCCAAGGGCGUGCUGGCCACGGCCAAGCAGUCCUUGAAGGACCUCUUCAUCUGGAGACAGCGUACCGUUGUUGUUAGUCCAACUGGCGAGACGCACACAGAAUGGCAAGAUCCCGACCCAAUCAAGAACCCCAUUAGCCUCAUGGCCCAGCUCAGCCCUCGCGACUGGCUCUUCUUCCUCUGCGGUUUCUGCGCCUGGACCGCCGAUGCUUUUGACUUCCACGCCUUGUCUAUCCAGACCACUAAGCUGGCCAAGUACUACGACCGCUCGAAGACGGAUAUCACCACUGCCAUCACCCUGACUCUGCUUCUCCGUUCCGUCGGCGCCGCCUUCUUCGGUCUGGCCGGUGACAAGUAUGGUCGCAAGUGGCCCAUGGUUCUCAACAUGAUCAUCCUUGGUCUUUUGCAGAUUGCCACCAUUUACAGCAAGACUUUCCAGCAAUUCUUGGCUGUGCGCAGUUUGUUCGGUCUCUUCAUGGGAGGUGUCUACGGCAACGCCAUUGCCAUGGCUCUUGAGCACUGCCCCUCCAACGCUCGUGGUUUGAUGUCCGGUAUCCUCCAACAGGGCUACUCAUUCGGCUACGUCCUCGCCGCUUGCGCCAACCUCGGUGUCGGUGGUGGCACCGAGACCUGGAAGACGGUCUUCUGGAUCGCUGCCGGUAUCUCCAUCGCCGUCGGUCUUGUCCGCAUUGCUUUCCCCGAGUCCCAGCAGUUCCUCGAGGCCAAGGCCCACGGAAAGAAGUCGGCCUCACCCGGCGCCUUCUGGCGCGAGACCAAGAAGAUGCUGGCCCAGGAGUGGAAGAUGUGUGUCUACUGCAUCAUCCUCAUGACCUGGUUCAACUACUACUCCCACACCUCGCAAGACUCGUACACGACCUUCAUGAUUGCUCAGAAGGAGAUGGACAACGCUGGUGCUUCCCGCGCCUCCAUUCUCAUGAAGGCUGGCGCUUGCGUUGGUGGCACCAUCAUUGGCUACCUGUCCCAGUUCGUCGGUCGUCGCCGUGCCAUUAUCGUCUCUGCUCUCAUCUCUGCCUGCCUCAUCCCCGCCUGGAUCCUUCCACAGGGCGAGCGCAGCCUGAGUGCUAGCGGUUUCUUCAUGCAGUUCUUCGUCCAGGGUGCCUGGGGUGUCAUUCCCAUCCACCUCAACGAGCUUUCGCCCCCGGCCUUCCGCUCCUCUUUCCCAGGUAUCACCUACCAGCUGGGUAACAUGAUUUCGUCCCCGUCUGCACAGAUUGUCAACGCCAUCUCCGAGAAGACCUUUGUCAGAGCCCCCUCAGGCCACAGCGUCGAGGCCUACGGACCUGUCAUGGGUAUCGCCACGGCCAUCAUCGCCAUGGGCAUUGUCGUCACCACCAUGUUCGGACCCGAGCGUCGCGGCCGCAGCUUCGAGCACGCCGUCGCCGGUGUGCAAGGUGAGGCCGUCGAGACCAAGGAGAUUGACGACCACGACGAGGAGAAGGGUAGCAUCAGGGCCUCCAACGUCGAGGACACCCGCAAGGAGUAA